AUGUCCACUGCGGCAUCGACCUCAGCCAGUCCAACGGUUGUACGCAGCCAUUCGUCUUCCCGCCCUCACGCGCAUCAUCACCCCCCAUCAUCGGAUCUUCCCCACAGAACUCGAAGCACGACCACCAGGCCCCCGUCAUCUUAUUCCCACCAACACUCAUCUUCACGAUCUCAAUCGUAUGACCGUCGGCCUCCUUCCAAUCAAGCCGCCUUUGCAAAUAUAGCACGUCGAGAUUUCGAGAAUUCUAACCUUGCCCGUCCGUCCACAUCUCGCAGAGACUCCUCCCGGGACCGUUCUCAGGAGCGCCCGCUCACCUCCCACCGCCCCGACCCAGCUCGGGCCCCUCAACACCACAGUACCCUAUCUCGACAUAGGCGAAACUCUGUCGAUAUGCCUGGAACCGUCGUUGACUCAAAUGCGGCCAACACUGCCGCCGCCGCUGCUUCGGCGCAACAAGCAGGCCACGGUAAUCCAAAUCAGCCCAAACGACGCACCAUGUUAUCCACGCCAACAGGUCAAUGGGCUCUCGGUAAGACUAUCGGUGCUGGAAGCAUGGGCAAGGUAAAGAUCGCCAAGAAUAUAGAAACGGGCGAGCAGGUCGCUGUCAAGGUCGUUCCGAGGCAAACUACUGAGGAACAUCGAAGUGGAAGGGAUGCUGAGCGCGCCGACCGGUCAAAAGAAAUUCGUACCGCAAGGGAGGCUGCCAUCGUGUCCCUCGUGGACCAUCCAUAUGUUUGCGGGAUGCGUGAUGUCGUUCGUACGCCUUAUCACUGGUACAUGCUCUUUGAGUACGUCAACGGCGGCCAGAUGCUGGAUUAUAUUAUCUCACACGGCAAAUUGAAAGAGAAGCAAGCAAGGAAAUUCGCGCGGCAAAUCGCCAGUGCAUUAGAUUACUGUCAUCGCAACAGUAUCGUUCACCGUGAUCUCAAAAUUGAAAACAUCUUGAUCAGCAAGACCGGUGAUAUCAAGAUUAUUGAUUUCGGUUUGAGCAAUCUGUUUUCUCCGAGAAGUCAUUUACGUACAUUCUGUGGAAGUCUGUACUUUGCCGCUCCUGAGUUGCUACAGGCGCGUCAAUAUACCGGACCUGAAGUGGACGUCUGGAGUUUUGGUAUUGUCCUUUAUGUCCUUGUCUGCGGCAAGGUUCCCUUUGACGAUCAAAGCAUGCCGAACCUUCAUGCCAAAAUCAAAAAGGGCGAGGUCGAAUAUCCACAAGGUUUGACAUCAGAAUGUCGUCAUAUAAUCUCACGAAUGCUGGUCACAGACCCAAAGAAGAGAGCCAGCUUGGCUGAAAUUAUGAAUCACCCGUGGAUGACAAAAGGCUUUAAUGGGUCGCCAGAAAACUACCUUCCGGUGCGAGAACCACUUCAGCUUCCGUUAGAUCCAGAAGUAGUGGAGAAGAUGACCGGUUUCGACUUUGGACCCCCUGAAUUUAUCACGGCUCAAUUGACGAAAACCUUGGAAUCCGAAGACUAUCAAAUCGCUGCAAGAUCUUUUACUCGAGAAUCAGCAACCCCAAACGCAAGCCAUGACAAAAGAAGAGGCGUCUUUGAUUUCUAUAGACGACGAAACUCAGCAAGCAGAGAGACUUUGUCAAAUCCAUCUGUCGAGGCAGUCCAGACUGGAAGUGAUCCUCUUAAUGCAUACAGUCCUCUCAUUUCGGUCUAUUUCCUUGUCAGGGAGAAACUUGACCGGGAGCGAGCUCUGAAGAACCCAGGGGCUCUUUCUAUUCCUUCUGAUACUGUCUUGAAAAUGCCCGAUUUAGCAGCACCAGAAACUGCACAUACUAAUCAAUAUGACGUACCUGGAGUGAAAGAUACCAGCAGCAGAAGCCGCCCGCGUGCCAGGACUCAUGGCGAUGACGACUUGACCGAUGGAAUCAAGAAACUCCAUGUCAAUCAAUCCGCUAGUCCAAACCCUAGCCCAACGAUUGUUACACCCCAAGGUGAUUCUCCCGCCAAGAAGGAGAGUACCGCAGCCGGUAUUUUGAGACGUUUCAGCACCCGUAGAGUGAGAGACCGAGGCCGAGAAUCUGAAAGAGAGAAACCAUUUCCACAGACUGUGCCCAGUCUUAAUGUUCAGCCACCCGCCGACUUGGCCUCGACCCCCCAUCGUGGUUUCAGUAUCCGCAGAACAAGGCGUGCGGAACCAUCGCCAACCACUUUGCAUGCGCCAGACAGCCAGACACAACAAGACCCACUCCGACCCCCCGGGUCAGCAGGAGGAAUACUUCAAGAGACCCGAUCCAAUAAGUACUUGGAGAGAUCCACGAGUGUCAACUCUGCUGACUAUCGGUCCCGCAGAUUGGCACGAAAGUACGGGGCAGAUGGCAAUGGCUCAAAUCUCAAUGAGCCGCCUCUCACGAGUGGGUCUGAUGGUCUGGGUGGCAGUGACGUCGAGAGACAAAAGCCUAGUAUUGGAGAGUCGGCUCCAUUGAACGAGACCAAAGCUGCACCUCGAACUGGGGCUACGCGGGCCAAGUCUCUAGGUCACGCACGACGAGAAAGUAUACAAGCCCGUAGAGCUCGUCGGGAGGAAGCUAGAGAAGCCACGGUCCCCGAAGACGAAGAUGACGGUGAUCUAUCGAAUACUGGAAACGCACUAGAAACACCAAACACUGGCGAAGAUUUCGCCAAACCGGUCUACCUAAAAGGCCUUUUCAGUGUUUCUACCACGAGUAGCAAGCCUCUUCCAUUUAUCCGGGCCGAUAUUAUUCGCGUUCUCAGACAGCUGAGUGUUGAGUAUACAGAGAUCAAGGGAGGAUUCAGUUGCCGGCAUGCACCCAGCAUUGACCUCGACCGAGUGGUAGAUGCUCGACCUUCAAGCCCUGAACGACAGGGCCAAGUCUCUGCUCACAAACGAAGAAUCAGCUUUGGAGGAUUGCGGGCGAAUGAAGAAGCCAGAGAAGAAGCAAGAGCGACCCAUUCAUCACGAUAUAGUCGACGCAACCAAGGCCCUCCAGACCGCAGUUUUAUUUCCAACUCUGAGGCCUCUGAUGAUUAUGAUCAGUCUCAAGAGAACAACGCUGUAGGUGAGCGUGUGGUCGGUGAGACUACGACGCGAGUGCAGAGCGACACUGGUGAGAAUCUCGUGUUGCGGUUCGAGAUUCUGAUUGUCAAGGUGCCGUUGUUUUCGUUGCACGGCAUUCAAUUCAAAAAGGUCUCGGGGGGUAUGUGGCAGUACCGAGAGAUGGCCAAGAGGAUUCUGGAUGCUCUAAGACUUUAG